CAGACUGUCGCAUCACGGAGCGGGGAGGGGCCCCGCUCUCGUCCAUUGGCUGGUACUGUAAUACCCACAGCUUUACGGUAGAUCCACGGUGGUUGGAGAGGUUGUGUUGUUCGUGAGCGGUGAUCCUUUCAUCGACAGGAUAAUAAAGAGACUGUGGCGGGGGCUUUUUCCUCCCGUCUUUUAUUCUCUUCACGGAACCGCGCGCUGUGGAAGGCGAAAAGAGAUGCGCACGGAUACACGCGGAUACAUUGUCCGGACAUCGCGAGAGGAGGAGAGGAGCAUGUAACCCGGAGAAAGGCACCGGCGGCACCACCUGACACUCUUCUCUCCCGCUUCCUGCUAACUCAGCAUUGGAUGCUUCUCCAUGUGUUGACUGAACUGUGUGGUCGUUCGGGAUUGUACCUUCAGAAAAAUGAGCGACGAAGUGUCAGAGGUUCCCAAAGAGCUUCUGGAGAGUGUGAGGGAUGCUUUGGGGAGGAAGGUGAAGCUGGCACUGAGGAGGAGAGUCAAACUGGAGAUCAAAGGAGACAAGACGGAGAACAGAGUCCUGGCUCUCGCGUCUCACCGUGGCUACCUCUUGACGGCACGCAUUCCCACCAAGGUGGAACACUCCUUUAAUUACCUAGAAAUCCAGGGGAUCGCUUGUAACAAGCCGACACAGCUGCUGAUAGAGUACGAGCGAGGCUCCUUCUCUCUGAAGCUGCUCUCCUCCGACGAGGUCAAUGAGGUGGUCGCUCACAUUGGAACCUGCCUCGUGAGGAUAUGUCCUGGUCUGCCACCGAGUAAAAUGAUAAAGAAGCUCUGUAUGGAGCCUCCGGACAGGCUGACCUCGCUGCAGAAUCUCUGGGAGAACAAUAAACCUUCUGAGCCUGGACCUUGUGGUGGAUUUUCUCUGAUGUACAGGUGUGUUUGUGACUGGUUGGGUCUGCCUUACAGAGAGGAGGUGCAGUGGGAUGUCGACACCAUCUACUUGACACAAGACACCCGAGAGCUCAACCUGCAGGACUUCAGCCAUCUGGAGAACAGGGAUCUGGUGGCCAUAAUAGCAGUCCUUGAGUUUAACCAGUGGUUCACCAAGCUCUCCACUAAGGACUACAAACUGUCGGCAGAUGUGUGUGAACAGAUCCUCAGGGUGGUGUCUCGAUCCAGUCGCCUGGAAGAGUUGGUUCUGGACAACGCAGGACUUAAAACGGAUUUUGCUCAGAAGCUCGCUGCUGCCCUGGCCCACAACCCCAGCUCAGGACUCACCACCAUUAAUCUUGCCAACAACCCACUGGAGGACAGAGGUAUCUCCUCUUUGGGUACCCAGUUUGCCAAACUUCAUAUGGGGCUCGAACAUUUAAACUUCUCUAAAACCUCACUAUCACCCAAAGGGGUGAACAGCCUUUGCCAGUCACUGAGUGCCAACCCGUCCAUCCCCAGCAGCCUGGUCCAUCUGGACCUCUCAGGGAACAUCCUCAGAGGAGACGACAUGCAGCAUUUCUACAACUUCCUCGGUCAACCAAACAGCCUGGCAACGCUUGAUCUCUCCAAUACUGACUGCUCAUUGGACCAGGUUUGCUCCGCUCUGCUUCGAGGUUCGGUCCAGCAUCUCUCUGUUCUCAACGUGUCAAAGAGUGUCUUUUCUCACAGGAAAGGCAAAGAGGUGCCUCCAUCAUUUAAGCACUUCUUCAGCAGCGCGAUGUCCCUCAGCUCCAUCAACGUGUCGGGAACCAAGCUGCCGCCAGAGGCUCUCAAAGCACUCCUGCUCGGUCUGGCCAGUAAUCCAAAUCUGAAGGACGUGUCUCUAGACCUCAGCUGCUGUGAGCUGCGCUCGGGAGGGUCUCAAAUCCUAGAAGGCUGCAUAGCAGAGAUCCCAAACAUCUCCAACCUAGAUAUCUCUGACAAUGGCCUGGACUCAGACCUGUCUACUCUGCUGGUGUGGUUGGCCAGGAACCGCUCCAUCAGACAUCUUUCUCUGGGCAAGAACUUCAACAACAUCAAGUCGAAAAACCUUGCUCCCGUGCUGGACAGCCUGGUUCAUAUGAUUCAAGAGGAGGAGUCGCCCCUCACCUCUCUGUCUCUAGCAGACUCCAGACUGAAGAGCGAUCUGACCAUCGUUCUCAACGCCCUCGGUAGCAACUCCUCGCUCACUAGACUCGACAUCAGUGGGAAUGCGAUGGGCGACAUGGGCGCCAAGAUGCUCGCCAAGGCACUGCAGAUCAACUCCAAACUCAGGACUGUGAUCUGGGAUAAGAACAACACCAGCCCUCAGGGUCUUCAAGAUGUAGCAGCCGCUCUGGAGAAGAACUUCACCAUUCGCUUCAUGCCCAUUCCCAUCAUCGAUGCCUCUCAGGCUUUGAAGGCCGGUCCAGAGAAAACAGAGGACGCCUUGCUUAAGAUUGAGAAUUAUCUCUACAGGAACCAUGAGACCAGAAAGUACCUACAGGAACAGGCCUAUCGGCUCCAGCAGGGCAUUGUCACCACAACCACACAACAGAUGAUUGACAGGAUUUGUGUGAAGGUGCAGGACCAUCUGAACUCGCUGAGGAACUCGGAGACAGACGCCGUCGUGGAGGACGUCCGGUCAGCAGAGAACCUCAUCAAAGAUGCCAGAAACUCUAAAACACUGCUUCCUAACCUUUACCACCUCGGAUCAGCUUCCAGAGAGGAGGUGAACAGCUCCUCAGUGGGGCCCAUUCAGGAGAAACUAGAGUCCAUGGCUGGAGAAGUGACUGCGGUCAUGGACCAACAACUACAGUCUCUGCUGGAGUCCAUGGUGGACACAGCGGAGUCCCUGUGUCCACAUGUGAUGAAGAGGUGUAGUCUUCGUUCGGAGCUAAUGAAGGCCAGCUCAGCCAAGAUGGUUGUGCCCAAGAGCUUUGUCACCAAAACCCUCCUGGAACAGUCUGGUGUGGAUAUUAUCAACAAGAUCAGUGAGGUGAAGCUGAGUCUGGCGUCCUUUCUGUCCGAUCGCAUUGUUGAUGAGAUUUUGGAGGCGCUUUCCACUUCACAACUUACUCUGGCAGACCAUCUUGUACGUCGAGGUCGACCUUUGGUGCAGCAGGAGUCGCUGGAUCUGGACAUCCCUGAGGAGAAGAUCCCUAAGCGGGCGUCAGCUGAAAUUUUAGAGGGUGAGAGGCUGGAGGAUCUGGAGACGUGCAUGAUUUUGUGCUGCACCAGUAUGACGCCUAAAUCCAAGAGGAAAAGCAUCCACAGCAGAAUGCUUCGACCAGUGUCUCGUGCCUUUGAGAUGGAGUUUGACCUGGACAAGGCCCUGGAGGACGUGCCUCCCCAUUUGGAGGACACUUCAACAUCAUCUCAGACUCCACCCACUCCAUCUCAGGUCCUGCCCAAGCUCGAGCAACGAGUGCCAGGAACAAUGGUGGAGCUGCCAUCUGAGGAGGAAAAAAAGCUGCAGCACUUUACCAAACUACGACCCCGAAGGAACAAAAAAAUGAACUCCAGCAAAGUACCUCAAAUCAACAGUGCUCCAUCUCAGGAUGGAGAGCAGAACGGCCUCAUGGGAAGGGUGGAUGAGGGUGUAGAUGAGUUCUUCUCUAGAAAAGUCACCAAGAUGGACAAGCGUGCCCUGAAAGGUUCGGACUCUCAAGAUGGAGAAAAAAAGAAGAGCAAAGGUGGAUUCCUUAACCUCAUUAAACGAUCCUCGAAGUCUGACAAAUCGGAUAAAUCUGACAAGUCUGAGAAAUCGGAGAAAAACCAGACGACCCCUUUAUUGUCUAGCACGUCCUCAGCCUCCACAGGCUCAACAUCAGCUUCCACCAUCCCCGAGGAGCCCUCCUCGCCAAAGGCGGCAGUGAAGAGCCCUCCACCUGAAUCAAAAUCAAGAGACGCCUCCAGUCGCUCACAGCCCACAGACUACAGCAGCAGCUCGGACCGAUCCGAAGAACUGAGAACGCCAGACUCCAUCGACGAGCCUUGGGAGAGCUCAGAUGGCAGAGGCAGUCCUCAGGGAGGGAGGCGCUACCCAGGAAUGCAGAUGAUGGGCAGUGGCCUCCUCGCAGAGAUGAAAGCCAAACAGGAGAGACGAGCCCACAAGUCUUCCAGCCCUGAUAGACCUGACGGCAACUCAACAGCUGCCAAGUCUCAGCCAGCAACUCCAGAGAGCAGGUCUCCCAGUGGCUCCAUCUAUAAACCAGACGGUGCUUCUCCAGAAAAAACCCAACCACGGGGUGAGACCAAGCCUGAACCCGUCCCUCGCCUUAGAACUACGUCCUCAUCAAGUUCCCCAGCUGGACCGCUAAGUCCCAAACCACCGGUCCCGCAGGGGACGAAGCCUGCUCUCGCCGCACGUCCCUCCAUCCUACACAAGCCCAGGACCAGCAGCAGCAGCAGGAGCAUAGAUGAGAGCCCAGAUUCACCCGGCAACGGCAGUGGGUCUCCUAAAGUCACAGGUCUCCCUCACACAAUGAAGAGGGCGGUGUCAGAGAAGGACAAGGAGGGAGGCUCUGCCAGUAAAACCACUCAGGAAGGGCGGACGGCGUCAGACUCCGCUCAGCGACCCAACACUGUCCGCACUAACUCUGAGGACCACGGCUCCUUGAAAACCAAGGACCAAUGUCCCAACGCAGACAAGGACAAAGCAGCGGGCAAGAAGUCCUCAGAAUCCAGGGAGGAGCCAGACAAAGACUUUAUUUUAAUAUGAAACGCGACGAACAACGCGAGAAUAAACUGUCCACAAGCCUCCGGUGUUUUCGUUUAGAAAAUAAUCAAAGUAAUAUAAUCAACGUUGUUGUUGUUUUUGUGUUAAAAGUUUGCACCCGUACUGCAGGUCCUGUCCAACCACAAAGUACUCAUUUGCUUUGCAGCGGAGACCUGCGAGUAUCAGGUAACAUUGUCUAAUUCAGUUUAAUUUAAUGUACAAUGAGGAAAAAAAAAAUUCUAUUAUUUAACAAUUUGAAUUGAAUAUUUUGGGAAAUGUCUUCAGUAAUUAUUUUUUAGUCAUGUCUCCUAGUAAACCAAACUAAAUCUCCCUAGAGCUUCCUUCUCACCACCACAUCGGUUUGUUGAUUUUCUCUGCUGUCAGUUUAAAAACAAAAAAAAAAAAUAUGAAAGAAUAAACUUUUGAGUAAAUGGGUUUGAUGUUAAUUCAGGCAAUGAAUUACUAAACUAUUAAAACAAGAUAGACCUCUUUCUUUCUGGAAACCGCGGAUGUUAGGAGUGUGAGAGAGACUGUGAAUCUUGAGUGUAUACAUUUAAAUGACUUUCUUUACUUAAUAAUAUAAAGUUAUUGUACUAUUGUUUUACAGUAGCCGCUUGUUUCCCAGGGACCAAACACAAUAACAUUACCACUAAAACUGUACUGUACUUGAAAUCAAGUGUAAAACCAGACCAUGACCCAAUGGCAUUCUUUUUGUAUAGAUUUUUCUAGAGGCUAUUUUCAGUAUAUGUGCAAGUUACUCUUUCUUUUCUUUUCUUUUCUUUUUUUGGACUAACUACAUUAUGCAAUUCAUAAUUUUUUACAGGGCAAAUACAGGUUAAGCUGAAAUAAUAAAUCAGUUAUACAUGCGUAAUGUAGCUUGCCUGACAGUAAAUGUUUCUGGUAUUAAGAUGGACUCUUCAUCUCACGUGAGAGUGCUUUGAGAGGACUGUGCUACACUUAAACGUCACUAAUAAUCAAUCAAUCAAUAAGGCUUCAGCACUGUUAAAACACUGUGGAUGAAACAUUUGUCUUAUUUUUACACUCGACUGCUGAGGUCUUUUUGUGUGUGUGUGUGUGUGUGUGUGACAUUUACGACAUGCCGAGGGUCCAAUGAACGCAAAUAACAGAGUCUGUAAAAGGAAUAGUAAAGAGAAUCUGCUUCAACUUUAUCACAAGGAGACACAGUUGUGUGCUUUUCUCUUCUGUGGCUACUCCGGUUAGUUAUUUGUCUAAAAGCAAACAAAACACUGAGUCAACUCCAGCCUACAAACAUAAUUCUUCCUCCUUCCUGCAAUCCUUUUCUUUCAGGACUUUUCAUGCCAAACUGUGCAAUACAAACCCGCAGCAUCAUGAUCACAUUCUGUAACAACAGCACUGGUCUCAGGAUGAUUCAUCGUGUCGCUCUUAUAAAAGCAAGAAAUGCUGCUUUGACACCGCUACACUGUCUGUAACCAUUGUCAGUCAGCAGACUGGUUCUGUCAAGCGUUAAUUAUACAGUACAUCACACACAUGUCUCAAAAAUUAGGUUGUUUUCAUUUAAAGUGUAUUGAUUUCGUCCACUGUUCUACUUCUCAUGCCUUUGAUGGUUUCGGUUGUUUUGUGUCCGGCUGUAGCGAGGAUGGAUGAUGGAUGGACUGUAGCCAAACAGUGAAGCAGACCGGUUUCACUAUUAAAACGGUGUUCUCAUGAUCCCGGGUCUUUUCCUUGUUGUAGGUUUGUGGUGAGGUUUUAGCGCCUUUAUCAUCAUGUCUUUAUGUCUUGGUUAACAACAACAACAACAAGAACAGUUCCCGCUGUGUAAAGUAAAUCUGUUCUUGAUGUCAAUGACUGCUCUGAUUCUCAGUCUCGGUGCCAUUUUCAGAAAUCGUGUGUGUGUGUGUGGAACAUGUACCAGGAAACUGGGGUAAAGGAAAACAGAAUAUGACUUUGCAGUAUGUUUAUAGCAAAACAAAAAAAAGAAGGCAUUUUCCUGAUGCAAUGAUAGUUCUGGCUUGUGUGCAAAGACUGACAAUGAUUUAUUGUGUAAUGAAAUAAAAAAGAAAAGAAAGAAAACAUCACUUUCAAUUGUGAGGAGAACGUGAAAAUAACCAGUAGCUUUGAGUUUGGGUUUUGCGCGCGUGUGCGUGCGUGCGUGCGUGUUGGCAUGAUGUGGCUGUGAGUCGUACUGUAUGUAUAAACACUGUAUGUUGCUUUCAUACAUGCAGGCGUAUGCAUGUGUACAUACACUGUGGACACUGUGGUAUGGUCACAUGCCGACAGUAUAUUGUUUUCAUACUAAGUACACUACUAUACUUGGGGUUUGUUUGUAACUUAUUUGGAAUAAAAAAAAAAAAGUUGUCGGUGAUCGUCUUGAAACCGUUUUUUUGUUGCUUGUACAUUGUGUUCAUGUAGAAUUGCAUUACGUGUGUGUGUAUUAAUUUGUUAUUACAUGUCCGUUCAGUGUUACUUUCAAGGAGGAUUCCGAAAAAAAAACUAUUUCCUGAGCUGGGAGGAGGAAAACGUCUGGCAAAUAAUGGCAUUUACUCAUUUUCUGUUUCUGCCGGUGUUUUGACAUUUCGUCAUGUAAAUAAUGCUGAUUAAAGUAGUUUUACAGGA